AUGUCUGGCAACAGUUUUUACCAGUUUGUGGCCAGUCACUAUCGACUGCCAGUAACCUUUGAUGCUGAAACCAAAAACGGCAAUCUGAUACGAAGCAUACUGCCCAUUGAACGUUUUGAGAAGGAGAUUGACGCCGCCAUCAAUGCUGAUUCCUCACUGCAAUCGGCUGAUCGGCACCAGUUGCUAGUCAUAAAACUGCUAGCCUACUUCAAGAAUGAUUUCUUUCGCUGGGUCGACGCUCUGGACUGUCCUGCCUGCACCACCAGAUGCGUCCUCUUCUCUACCCAAGGAGCAGACAUUUCCGAGCUGGUCUUUCUGGCGACCAGUGUAGAAGUUUAUCGCUGUCCAGCUUGUGGCACUCUUGCCCGUUUUCCUCGGUACAAUGACCCGCGAAAGUUGCUCACCACCCGACAGGGCCGCUGCGGUGAAUGGGCCAACUGCUUUGCUUACAUUCUCUACUGCCUGAACAUUGGCACUCGUCUAGUCUACUGCACCAGCGAUCACGUGUGGGUGGAAUUUUACAACAGAACGGAAAAACGGUGGAUCCACGCCGAUCCAUGUGAAAAUGCCAUUGACAAUCCGCUGAUCUAUGAAGUAGGUUGGGGAAAGAAGAUGGACCUGGUUGUGGCUCGGGGCGAGUUUGAGCUGAGAGACGUGACGUGGAGAUACACGGCGGAGUGGCGUGUUACCGCACAAGAUCGAGCAAGGAUGCUCAGUGAGAAGCGACUUCUAGAGGUGUUCACGCAGUGGAACACCGCCCUACAGGCUCGUCUUAGCAGUGAGCAGAAACUGGCAAUUCAAAAGCGCUGGGUCGAGGAGAUGGUCGAGUUCAUCCGCAUGCCUCAUCAGGAGCUGAUUACGCCUGGAGGCAAUGCCAACGUUGGCCGUCAAUCAGGCUCCCUUGCCUGGCGUCUUUCUCGCGCUGAAAUCGGCUCUUCCGCUGGCUCCUCUUGCAGCACUGCUGGCGGAAAUUCUUCAUCAGGGCACACCUUCAAGCUGCCGCCUCAAAGUCAGCCAGGCAAAGUGAUGAUUACUUACGACUGCAGUUUUGAUUCAUAUCGAGUGGAGACACUCAACACGGAAGGUGGCACCAAAUCUGAUGUGUCUGUCAUUCAGAAGUGGAAUGCCGGAGUUGCUUCCUUUGAAAAUAUUCAACGGAAAACCGAAAAUGACUGGGCAAUGGCGUACCUUGCCAGGCGAGAGGGCAGUCAAUCGAGCGACACUGGUCUUAUAACCUGGAACUUCAAAGAGGAAGAGGGCGAACAAAAGCGCAAGUGGUCAUCUAUUGAUGUGCAUAUAAAGGGACAAACGUAUGAGAAUGGUUCGGUGGAAUUGACGCUAACCGUUGGCCAGCUGAAGAGGUCCUUCAAGUUAAAUGAAGUGCUUCACAUCAGCCGGGAUGAGGUUCAAUUAGAAGGCUUGCUAGUCGUCAAUGCCAUUGCCAUACUCAAUGAAGAGCGAUUCCUAAAUAAAAUUGGCUGGGGCCGUGAUUCGAUGAUGAUCAAUGCGCAAAUGUCUUCGCCGUAUGCAGGGACGUACGGACAGCCGUCGCCGGGCGGUGGUAUGACGCCAAAGAUGCAAUUGAUGAACAUGAUUCAUAGCAUACGCACAGUUGCACGAGUUCCCCUAAUACUUAUCAACAUUAUCGUAAUUGGAAUCAAGCUCAUCUUUGGUUGA